UAUGAAACCCUUUGUCCUGAUUGCUCUGAUUUCAUGGUUAAACAUCUGAUCAAGCUCUUCGACACUGGGCUCAUCUCUGCCGUUGACCUCAACCUCGUCCCUUACGGCAACGCCAGGCUCGGACCCAACAGCACCAUCACUUGUCAGGAAAUCCCAACUGGCGAAACAAACUAACUCUCAUUACCUACCUUAUCAAACCACCAAUAAACUGUUCCAUUUCUCUUAAAAGCUAGCUUUCACUUCCAUGGCUACCUCUAGCAAGACCCUUUCGAUUUCUCUUUGUUUCUGGUUGUCGUUGUUGUUACUAUGGUCUUCCCACACUUGCCCUGCUUCAGCUAGAAGUUCUCUGCCUUCAGAAUCAGGCAAAGUGUCCUUGGCUUUGUACUAUGAGUCCCUCUGCCCCUACAGCGCUAAUUUUGUUGUGAAUUACUUGGUCAAGCUGUUUGAAGAUGAUCUAAUCUCUAUUGUUGAUCUCAAGCUUGUGCCUUGGGGCAACGCCAAGCUCAGAGGCAAUGACUCCUUUGUUUGCCAGCAUGGUCCGUCUGAAUGCUUAUUGAACACGGUGGAAGCCUGUGCAAUCAAGACCUGGCCUGCACUGAAUGAUCAUUUUCCUUUCAUUUAUUGUGUUGAGAGUUUGGUUUAUGACCGCAAGUACCCCCAGUGGGAGUCAUGCUAUGAGAAACUGGGCCUGAACUCAACACCUAUUACCGAAUGCUACAAUAGUGGAACUGGCAAAGAGCUUGAACUACUAUAUGCAGCUGAGACUGAUGCACUCCAACCUCCACAUCAGUAUGUGCCGUGGGUAGUUGUUGAUGGUCAGCCACUUUAUGAGGACUAUGAAAACUUUCUAAGCUAUGUCUGCAACGCUUAUAAAGGCACCACAAUGCCCAAGGGUUGCAAUGAAGUGUAUCUCAAUACUAUCCAAAUGGGGAAGGAUAAGCCUAGUGAUCCAGUCAGCUGUAAUGAUGGAAAAAUACCAGCAUUGUUUGGAAGAAUCCAAUCAACCCUAACUUCGUGGAUGAGUAGGAUAAACAUGGCAUUCUGGAUGUAGAUGAAUCGCAGUUCAAAGUUGAUCACAUUUACUUCAGUUGGUUGUUAAUGAAGAAAGAAACUUCAUAUGCUGUUAAAUCUCUCUUAAUUAGUGCUAUGAUAAAUAGAUAUCCAGCCUGAGUAUUGUAAAUAGAUAAUGUCAUUCGACGAAAUGAUUCACCCCAGGCCUCUCCCAUGUUAUUUCUUUCAAUCGGAUCUUAAUCCAACUUGUCAAAUUCAAACAGUAUCCAGCAGUCUCUGCCCUCUAUAAACAAACGCAUUGUUCCAGAUGACUACUCUUAAUACUCUCAUCAAAUGCUAUUCCCAUUUGAAUAAGAUGGGU